AUGUCGUGGAACAUGGUCUCAUCGCUCUUGCGCAGCGCCGUGGCUGGGCCUUCUCGCCUUGCCUCUGCUUCUGCUUCGACGGCCUUCUCUAGCCAACGUGCCUUCUCCACAACGCCCACCUGGUCCGUCACUCUGCAGCAGAACCUCCGAGGUGCACGAAAACCACAUCGACCUGCCGUGAACAAGGUUCCCGCCCUCGAAGCGAAACCUUUUGUCAAGGGCGUCUGCAGCAAGAUCUUCACCACCAAGCCCAAGAAACCCAACUCGGCCAUUCGCAAAGUCGCCCGUGUCAAACUCUCCAACGGUCGUUCCGUCGCUGCAUACAUUCCUGGUGAAGGUCACAACUUGCAAGAACACUCGGUCGUGCUCGUGAGAGGUGGUCGUGUCCAAGACUGCCCCGGUAUCCGAUAUCACCUCGUGCGAGGCGCUCAGGAUUUGGCGGGUGUGGCCGGCAGACAAACCUCAAGGUCAAAGUACGGUGCAAAAAAGCCGAAGGCCGCUGCUUGA